UGUCGUCCCAAACCUCCCGCCAGUUUCCAUUGGUCGCUCGGAGACGCAAGACGUCACUUUACGUCAGGCCGACCGAGGCGACAGGCCCUCUCUCUGGCAGCAUAGGCACUUUCCCUUUCCCUGAGGGAGAGACUCGUAGGGACAUCCUGCGGAGGUAUCGCUAAGGGUCGCUUAUUGGGACCCAAAGGCCCGGCCGGUUUCAAGAGUCGGGAGAAGUUAACACCCUUGAUAUUAAUUCCAGGACGAUCCGAGCACCGGAUGAUGGUCACGUGGUAGAGUUCUCUCAGCUUCCACCUCUGGUUCAGCUCGGGGCGAGGGAGGCCCUCGCGCAGUCGACCCUGAAGACGGGCUCGGAGGAUCUCGAGAUUUCCUGAGGAUAAUGCUCGAGAGUGGUCGGCGUAUCUCGUUAGCCUGUGCUCAGCUGUGGCGACGACCGAUAAUCUGCCGACGACGAUUAAUCGCGAAAACCCGCUCCUCGACGCGCCAAUAGAGAAAGACUCCGAUAGUGUCGGCGACUCUUUCGACCCUGGAGGAUUUCUAAAAGGCCUCGAAGAAGCUUCAAACGUCAAAGGCGCUCAAAAUUGGGAAUCGACGAUGGUCGGCGACGCGUCCGUUUUUGACCAGGUGACCGACGACCUGCUCCUGUCGGCUCUGGGUCUGAGCAUGGAUACUUUCACGGAAUCGCAGCUCUCGACCCCGACCACGACGACCUUGCCCUACGACUACGAGACAUCCUGUACCACUCCUCUGAGCGAGGCCUCGGAGACGUUGGACCAUUCUAUCAGCUUGAAUGCCGUCGAGUGCUACACGGACUUGAGCUUCUCCUCCGAGGUUCCUUGGAACGACUGGACCACCGGUACUUCGACGUCCUCGAGUUGCCCGAGCGAGUUAAGCGAGUUGGAUUCACUGCUGGACUGGUGUCUGGACAGCGGCUGGAACACGGCUCUCCCCGAGAGGACACCGAUGUGCGAUCCACUGUGCGAGGAAUUCCUUCAUAUGCCUUUGCCGAAGCCUCAGCAACCCUUUCAGCACGACGAACCCUUGCUGGUGCUCGGCAUCGAUCUCAGGGCACUAGAAGAUACUUUAGGAACAGAUUACAAUAACAAUCAAAUAGAUGACAACCUACUCGUCUCGUCUGCAGCUAACGCAGCUUUGGCAACUCACGAUUACACGAAUAGGAGCCUCGUCCACGCCGCCGAGGAUCGCUGCUUUCCUUGCACCUACCAAGGAUGUGCAAAGGUCUACGCUAAGGCAUCUCAUCUGAAGGCUCAUCUCCGUCGACAUACCGGAGAGAAACCCUUUGCCUGCACGUGGUCCGGAUGUGGAUGGCGUUUCAGCCGAUCGGACGAAUUAGCUAGACAUCGCAGAUCUCACUCCGGGGUAAAACCUUAUCCUUGCGAGAUGUGCUCGAAGAGGUUUGCCCGCAGCGACCACUUGGCCAAGCAUCGUAAAGUGCAUCGCAAAAACGCCUAUCCAGUUUUCCAAAAUGCCAGAGGAUUUCGCGGCGGAAAGUUAAACGUCAUAUCUGCCGAGGUUUAACACCUCGAGGGACUUCACUCGGAUUGGAAGGAAAAAUACCAAAGAGAAUGUGCCGAAAUGAAAUUUCUUUACCUCGACACGAGAAUUUUACAUCCCCUAAUGAAUCUAAAGUGCGUUUGAGGGUCUCUACAGGACCGAAAGAGAAAUUAACCAAAAAGACUAUUUUUAGUGCAUCUCUCAUCUGUAUUCGCGGCAGUUAAUACUUAUUUUUAAGAUUGUAUUUUUUAAUCAGCUUCUACCAUGACACUUUAAAGUUAUAAUAAAGACCGAAAUUCAA